AUGAAGUCAUUAUUGCGUUGUUCAUAUUCUGCUCGCGCUUUCCUACUUAAGUCGCGUGCAAGUAGUUCGCAAACCACUGGAACUAAUAAAGAAGAAAGUCCUCUAAAGCGACUGUUGGAUGAUGCAAGUUCGUUUGGUGAUGUUUCAAACUUGGAACCAGAACUACGUUGGGCAACUGAACCAUAUGCGAGGGUUAUUGCCGAUGAGCCAGUAAAACGCGUAGAUCCACGCGAAACUACAGUGUUACUAUUUCCCGGGCAAGGUUCACAUCAUGUUGGCAUGGGAAAGAGACUACUUGACUUGCCGGCCGCACGUGAACUCUAUGAGUUGGCCUCCAAUGUUGUUGGAUGGGACGUCGCGCGAGUGUGCACGGAGGGUCCCGACGACGAGCUGGAGCGACGUCAGCAGGUGUGCGUGCUGGUGACCGCGCUGGCGGCGCUGGAGCGCGUGCGCGACGAGCGGCCCGGCGCGCUGGAGCGCGUGCGCGCCGCCGCCGGCUUCUCGGUGGGCGAGGUCGCCGCGCUCGUGUUCGCGGACGCGCUGUCGUUCGAGGGCGCGCUGCGGUUCGUCGAGUUGCGUGCGGCGGCCGCGGAGGCGGCGGCGGCGGAGCGCGCCGGCGGCACGCUGAUGCUGUGGCUGGCGCCGGACGCGCGGCUCGGCGACGCGCUGCGGCGCGCGCGCGACCACGCGGCCGAGUGCGGCGUGGCGGCGCCCGUGUGCGCCGUGGCCGCCUACAUGCACGCCGGCUGCAAGGCCGUGGCGGGCGACGAGGCGGCGCUGCGCUGGCUGCGCGCGCACGGCGCCGCCUGGGGCGUGCGGCGCGCCGCCCCCGUGCGCGGCGCCGCGCUGCACUCGCCGCUCAUGGCGCGCGCCGCGGACGCACUGCGCGAGGCGCUGCGACACAUACAGGUGCGCGCGCCGCGGCUGCGCGUGGUGUCGUGCGUGGACGCGCAGGCGCUGCGCGACGCCACGCACACGCGGCGCCAGCUGGCGCGCCAGGCGCUGCGGCCGCUGCGCUGGGAGCAGGCGCUGCACGCGCUGUACGCGCGCCCGCGCGCCGAGCCGCAGCCGCUGACGCUGGCGCUGGGCCCGGCCGCCGCGCUGCGCUCCACGCUGCGCCUCGUCAACGCGCGCGCCUGGGACGCCUCCCUGCAGAUCGACGUCUGA